UAGUAUUUUUCCCAGGUCCAUUUGAUCUUUCUGAAUUUUUUUCCACGUUUGUUGUGACGCUGCCUUAGAUAAUCAAGUCGAAUUUGUUGGGCACGAUGUGAUAAGUUGUUGUGGUCUCUUAUAUUAAUUGUAUUUUGAUUAUUGUAAUGGAAGACAGUGGAAUUGAUAGUGGUGAUCAUCAUGGGGAUAACGGAUCUAAACCUAGCGGAAGUGAUUCUUCAAGUGCUGGUAGUAGCAGAUCGCCGCCGAGAUCGUCGAACAUAUCCACGUCCCGACAGCUACAAAGAAAACUUGAGGCUAGGAUAGAACAUGCGAGACGUCUACAUCAGGAGUACAACUCGACGCCUGGCCUAAUUCCCAUACAGAGACUUCCCAUUCCCGGUGCCAAGGAUCAUCAGCCGUUGGUCCAAUGGGACACCGACGAUAGCGAAGAAGAUAUUGUAAACUUCUUCCCAUUGUCGAGAAAGGAGUCCAGAGUGCACCAGGAACUGACCGACACGUUUAGCAUAGAGGAAAUGAGCAUAUCAGGAGACGAUGAGGAAGAGGACGAACUGAAUCUUGUGCCACCCUCGAAGAUCUACAAGAAAUUUGGUUGUUGUCCAUUUUCGUUUUGUGUAAUUAUGUAAUUGUAUUACUGGUUUGAUAAAUGGUUUCGUUAUGUUAAACGUGAAGGUUUUUUGAGUCUUGGGAAUGAAAAUAUAGUGCUUCUAUUUUCAUCUAAUAAAUAAAUCCGUAUACAUGUCAAUUUUUGUGCAGAAACCAUUAAGGGUAGAUUGAAGUUGUUUAUUUUAUCUAUAUAUUUUUACUAUUACACUUUUCAGGGUAGUAAAAUUGUAGUCGUAACAAAAUUUUUUUAGGAUAUUUGAUUCUUAUACCAGAAUGAGACUGAUAAUGACGAAAAGUUUUGAUGGGAAUAAUUUUCAGUAUUCAAUUUAAAAUAAAAUGUUUAAAAAGAUGGAAGUUUUGAAGUGAUAAUAAAGUCUCUUGUCUUAAGUUUUUAGGUAAAAUUGUUUAGUUAAAACAAAUAAUAGUAGUAAAUCAGAAUGUAAAUGUACUUUUAUCUUUUAGUUACAGUGCCAUAGAUGCUUACAUUGAAAACCUUUUUAUGUCUUCCUCUUUUUCAAUCGAAUACAUAAUGAAAAUUGGAGGGUCCAUGAUUAGAUACUAUAAUAUAUUGAUUAAUCAUAUUAAAAAUAAUUGAUGUUAUGGUUAGUAAGUGAGGAUUUUAAGACCAAGUUAUACUCGAUAGACAUAGCGUGUAAUUUACCGCACAUUACAUGUAAAUAGCACUAAUUCUGAAUUUCAGUCGCUGUGUCGCAGUGUGUCAAAGGUUCAUAAAAACCUUUACUAGUGCUAUAGCACGUAUUAGUUUCAUUUUCUAUUGUUUUAACAUGUGUGUUUUUUAUUUGCGUAUUAUCGGCUUAUUUUUAUUUUUGCAUCGAUGGGGAAGAAUUUCAGUAAGUGCUAAUCUGAACUUCUUAAGAGCACCUCGUUUUGAUAUGACUUGCUGAAUUUCUAUAUCCAAAAGACAUUCUUCACCAUCGAUAUGUUUACACUCAUCUGUAAACUGUCUCAGGUUACUGGUUACGAGAUUUAACGUCUGUUGAUGUAUUAUAUUAAAUAAAUAUUGAAUAAACUGUGUUAAAUUUUAACAAUUUUAUCAUGUCAAGUAAAACUAACCAACUUAAAUUAACAAGUAUGCCAACACUUUUAUAAACUUGUGUCUUUUUUACCGAGUCAUCCAAAUGCAGUGCCAAGUCAAAUACACAUUUUAUCAACAUUGUGUAUUGUUGUACAUACUAAUGAAAUUGAAAACGCUGCUUGGCUUGAUUUUAUUUUAUAGUUAAGAUUGUAUUGUUAUUUAUUAUGAAAUAUAAAUAUUUUAAUGGA